AUGCUACUGCAAAUGAAACAUGUCGCUGUUAACGUGCUCUGCCCUUUGUGCAAUACUGACCGCGAAUCUAUCUGUCAUGUCCUUGUUUCAUGCUCCUUUGCACAGGCCUGCUGGCAUAGGCUCGGUAUUGGAUGUAUCCCCACCCCGCAAGGUAUAUUUUCUAGCUGGCUUUCCUCUAUCUUGUCACUGUAUUCAAGAGAGAAGAGGCAAUGGGCUGUCAUGUUACUGUGGGCAUUGUGGAAAAGCAGGAAUGACCUUGUUUGGCAGCAACGUGGAAGUGAAGUGGAUGAAGUGAUUGUAUUGGCAAAGACUGUGCUUAAUCAAUGGAUUAGUGCUCAAGACAGAUCCUUUGAUCUCUCAAUGGGGCUUGUUACUCAAACUGAUGGCAGCGAGCACUAG